AUGUCUUUUUCCAAGAUCACAGCCAUCUCUGGCGCUCUCGCAUUUGUAUCAAGAGUCGCCGCGCAUGGAACUGUCACUGGCAUAGUGGCUGAUGGAGUCUACUAUGAUGGAUACCACGCCAACUACCAAUAUGAGGCAGUCCAACCUGUAGUCGUUGGGUGGUCUACCCCAGAGGACCUAAGCAACGGCUUUAUUGAUCCCAACAACUACACAACCUCCGAAAUCAUCUGUCAUCUCGGUGCUACCAAUGCUCAGACCUCAGCAACUGUCAAGGCUGGUGGAUCAGUCGAGUUGCAAUGGUCUGCCUGGCCUUCAUCUCACCACGGCCCAGUCAUUGCCCGAAUAGAUUACCUCGCAAACUGCAACGGUGAUUGCAAGACUGUUGAUAAGACCACCUUGGAGUUUUUCAAGAUCGACGGAGUAGGACUCAUUGACGAUACCACAAUCCCAGGCAACUGGGCCACCGAUACCUUGAUCGCUAACAACAACUCCUGGACUGUUGCAAUCCCAACGGAUAUCGCACCAGGAAACUACGUUCUCCGUCACGAAAUCAUCGCUCUCCACUCGGCUGAUAACGCUGAUGGCGCCCAAAACUACCCUCAGUGCGUCAACCUUGAGGUCACUGGCUCCGGAACCGCCACUCCUUCGGGAGUCUUGGGCACGUCUCUGUACACUCCUAGUGAUGCUGGUAUCUCAAUCAACAUUUACCAGUCUCUUAGCACCUACGUUGUCCCUGGCCCAACUCUCUACUCAGGAGCCAUCUCAGCGUCGCAAACUGCUGCUGCCUCUGCUGCCUCUGCUACCUCUGCUACCUCUGCUGCCUCGGUUGCUUCUGCUUCCAGCUCAGCCGGUGCUGUCACCACAUCCGCUGCAGUUGCCGCAUCUUCGUCCGCUGCAGGAGCAGCGACCAAGGUCGCAUCAAGCCCUUCGUCGGGUAUUACUUCCAAGCCAGUGGCUUCUGGUGCCCUAUACUCCAACGGCACAGCUACUGCUUCGAAAUCCAAGUCCGCAUGCAAAUCCAAGUCCAAGUCCCAGGUAUCAGGCGCCAUCACUAGCUCCUCCCGCACACCAAUUAGACAAAUCGCGACUUCAUCGGCUGUCUCUGCAACUUUUGCCAACUCGGUGACUAUCGCAACGACCAGCACCGUUCCAACAUCUGCCUCAGUCCAAGCAGCCUCAUCAGCCCAGGCGUCCGCCAGCUCUUCCUCAUCCGCAUCCAGCGACGCCACCAUCCCAGAAGGUACAACCCUCAACAACCUCCUGUCGUGGGUUUCCUCAUUCUACAGCACACACAAGGACACCGAGUAUGACGGCAGCACAAUCGCUCGUCGUGCCCACGCUCGCGAUAUUGUCCGCCGUCAAGAAGCCGAUAAGUUCUCCGGUGUACACAUCAUACCCACUGGUGGUUUCCCCCACGGCACUGGAGCUGGCUGUGCUCAACCAACAGGUCUACCAGGUCGGGUUGGAAAGGCCGCUGCCCAGGGGACUGGCGCACCACACCACCACCACGGUCACGGCACUGGUGCUGGUUUCUCAAAGCCAACUGGUGUAUUGCGCCGCGCUGAACCUCAAGGAUCUGGACGCCCUCACCACUCUGAAGGCACCGGUUUCCCAAAGCCAACUGGUGUGAAGUUUGUCGGUGGAGCUCAAGAGAGCGGACGUCCUCAUUUCUCCGGUGCUAAGCCAUCAGGUGUGAGGCCUACUGGUGGUGCUUUCCCUACUGGUGGCGCCUUCCCGGACAGCUCUCGCUUCGCUCCUCCUGCCCAGUAA